CUCAUUUGAACACACGCACACGCACACACAACACACACACACACGCUCUCUCUCUAUCUCUAUCUCUCUAUCUCUCUCUCUCUCUUUCCCUCUCUUCUCCAUUCAUCUCCCCCCUCCCUUUCCUCUUCAGCUUCAUUUUAUUUCGCACCAAUCGACUUGCCACCAGUCCCUCACUGGGCAACUUCCCUCUUCUCUACCUGGACCCUGCCCUGUUUCCCUCUCCGCUUGCUACACGCCACCCAUGGCUUCUCCGAGGCAACUCCGCCUGGCCCCCACACUCCCCUUCCUCCUCCUCCUCCUCCUCAUAACACUCUCGCUCUCCUCCAACCUCGCCCAUGCCGACAUCUUUGGGUCGUCCGUGCCCAGACUCAGCUAUGACCGCAUCUCAGUUCGGAACAAGCCCUCCUCUAUUGACUCUGCUGAUAUGAUCGUCGGCGGUGCCAACAUCCUUGCAGGCAUCAUCAGCCAGACAGGCACCAUUCCAAAGGGCGGAUUUUCGGCAAUCCUGUUCGACAUGGGUUACGCAUGCACACCAGGUUUCGACCCCAACAACACUCUCCCUCCACCAGAGUUUUACGGCUUACCACGGAUCGCCCUGAUCCGACGAGGCGGACCCACCUCAGACGAUGCCUGCACCUUCCGCACCAAACUGCUCAAUGCUCAAGCCAACAGUUCAAUUGCUGCAGUCGUUUACAACAACCCAGGCUCGACUGCCCUCGACGGUGCAACUGCCGCAUUGAACUCUUCAGAAUCACCUUUGAGCAUCCCUGGGAUGCUGAUUUCGUACGAUGAUGGGAUGAUGCUCAGGACCCUGCUUCAGCAGACCCAGGAUAGCGGCAGCGUCGAUUUCUACAACCGAGUGAGGAUCACUAUGAGCGUCGACCAAAAGUUGCCCGUCGUCUGGGAGUUUGUCCUGAUCGUCGUUGUUGUCCUGCUCGCGGUCUCUUUCACAGUUUCUGUCGUGCUACAUUGUCGUCUGUACGCAUUACGACAGCGCAUCCGCAUGGACGCCCUAGCGAGAGGAGCAGAUGUUCUGCCCAAUGGUACCAUCCGUAUGAGAAAACUCACCAUGGACAAGGCAGCACUGGAUAAGUUACCUGUCAGGAUCUAUGGUCAGGACCAUAACGCAUCUAGCUCGGAAGAGGAGGCGUUGACAACAACAGAGGCAGCAGUGGCGCCCGUGGGUACCGUAUCAUCAGCAUCAGCUACGGAAGAGACGACAGAUGAAACCCAUAGGAAUGCUGGCAGCGGCAGUGGCACAGGACUGGACAAACAAAACGAUACUGCGGAAAACACUGGUAACGGCAGCUCUUCGACUUCGCCGUCCCGCGCCAACUCUCUCAAAGGGUCCAUUUCUGGAAAGUCUACUCGAUCCCUUGGAGCAGUCGCUGCAGCCACUGCUUUGGAUGCCAGCUGCAGCACUACGCAGCAGACGCAACCGACCUCAACAUUGGCAGCCACCAAUAACCCUACUCCUGUACUGGACGAAGUGACCAGCGACACUUGUGCAGUUUGUCUGGACGAGUUUUCAGAUGGAGAGGAAAUUCGCAUGCUGCCUUGUCGCCAUGAGUUCCAUUGUGAAUGUAUCGAUCCUUGGCUGGUCCGCAAGAGCUCAACAUGCCCACUAUGCAAAUACGACUGUCUCCCUCGAACCGUAGAGGAAGAAUCAGGGCACGGCGAGGAUGCCCCCAUUGUGGUUCCUCAUGACCGAUUUAUUGAGUUUGUCAUGGGACCCGAAUGGGUCGCAUCCAGGACCUUACAAGGACACAAUGGCACAAGCGCUAUUGAUCGCGUUGGAUAUUUCUUUGGCACAAUCCACGAUCGCUUGCGCGGAAGGCCUCCACGACCACGGCCAGGCCCGACUGUGCCUCUCGCAUCUGCUCCUUCGUUGCCAAUGUUCAGCGAGUCGACAAAUAACAGCCAGAUGUUUCAAUUGGAUGAGCAUGGUCAAGUGCCACUGCAUUUGAUUACACCUCGAGGCAUAUCUAUAGCACCGAGAGCGGCUUCUGUAAGGGCAUCAUCAUCAUCAUCAUCCACUGCUCCAAGCACAGAGUCUGUGGCUAGAUCGGUUGUCGUCCUAGUUCCAGCACCAAGUUCUGUACAGCAACAUCCAGCGCCUGAAACAAACGCCUCCACAUCCACACAUACACCUACAGCUACAGCAACAACAGCAACAACAACAACAGCAACAACAGUAGACAUACCCGAAACAGUGGAUGAGGAGCUACAGACAUCGUCUUCUACUAGAGCUACACCACCAUUGUCCUCCAGUUCAUCUGUUACUGUCGAUAUCCCAUCUAGUCAUUAACCCGAAGCUACGCCAUAGGCUACUUGACGGCAUAUCAUAUCCCUGUAUCCUUUGAUCUUUAAUAAAACCUCAAGGCUGCUUCGCCCAACACGAGUAAUUUCAAC